AUGCGCGAAUCAGCAAAACCGCCAGUACGCGGUAAGACGUCACCGUAUGGAUUCUUUGUGAAGAUGUGCUAUGAAGAGCAUAAGAAAAAGUACCCAAAUGAGAACGUUCAAGUGACAGAAAUCAGCAAGAAAUGCUCUGAGAAGUGGAAGACGAUGUCGGACGAUGAGAAACGACGGUUUUUCGAGUUGGCCCAGAAGGACGCUGAGCGUUAUCAGGCAGAAGUAGCUGCUUAUGGUGGCGAAGAUUUGUUGCGCAAACGUAAACGAGUCAAGAAGGACCCAAAUGCACCAAAGAGAGCACUGUUAGAUGUUUUCCUGAUCGCUGUUGAUAUGGUCGUCGAGAUUCUCUCAGCGUUCUUCUUCUUUUCGCACGACAAACGACCAGAAGUGCAGCAGCAACAUCCUGACUGGAAAGUGGGACAAGUUGCGCAAGAGCUUGGUCGCUUUUGGAAGGCGUUGAGCGAUGAGGAUCGUAUGAUCUAUGAGAGAAAGGCAUUGGAAGAUAAGGAAAGAUAUGCUGAGGAAAUGCGAAAUUACAAGCAGCCAAAGAUAGACAUGCGCAAUGAUGGCCAACAACAGCAACAGCAAGUACAAAUGCAAAACAACGGUAUGAUGGAUAUGGGCGUAGUUGGCGGUGUGAACGUUGGAGUUCCAGUCGGUGUGUCGGUCGCUGGAAUCGUCAAACAUCCCGGAGAGCAGUUGGGAGGCACGCUUAUGUAA